GCGUCACUGUGGAAAGAACAGCCAUUCAUGCCGCAGCAAGGAUGCUUUGGCCAACCCUACCCCCACCCCCCAGGUUCUCAGGCCGGGCGGCGGGCCGGGGCCCGUGGGGUGUGACUCUGUCUGGGACGCCUCCCGGGACAGCCGCCGGCCGUGGGGCUUUGUGGCAUCUGAAACAGACCGGCCUUUGAAAAGGUCUCCAAAGCUGUCCCGUCCGACUGCUGGCAAACGGUUCUGAUGCGGCAGAGACACAGCGGAGCUCAUGAUCACAAAAUGCCCGUGCCUUUGUGAGGCUGGCAUGCAGGAUGGCAGGACAGUCCAGCCACAUGCCCCACGGAGGGAGCCCGAACAACCUCUGUCACACCCCGGGGCCUGCACAUCCUCCUGACCCUCAGAGGCACCCGAAUGCCCUGUCCUUUCGCUGCUCGCUGGCUGACUUCCAGAUUGAGAAGAAGAUCGGCCGAGGGCAAUUCAGCGAGGUGUACAAGGCCACCUGCCUGCUGGACAGGAAGACGGUGGCGCUGAAGAAGGUGCAGAUAUUCGAGAUGAUGGACGCCAAGGCCAGGCAGGACUGUGUCAAGGAGAUCGGCCUUCUGAAGCAACUGAACCAUCCAAACAUCAUCAAGUAUUUGGACUCAUUCAUCGAGGACAACGAGCUCAACAUCGUGCUGGAGCUGGCUGACGCGGGCGACCUCUCCCAGAUGAUCAAGGUGAGGCGUCCGGCGGGGCCAGAGGCCGCCAGGGCCAGGCAGCGCCUCCCCAGCCUCCAGGCCUCAGCCCUGGCCUGGCAGGGGCCCUGCUGGCCUGUCCCCGUGGGUGUUGUUGAUCCAAGACUGCGCACCUGUGUCCGGCCCCCUGGAACUGACAGCCGGGGAAUGACCGGACACCUGCAUGGGCGUCGCCGGAGCGGGUUGGGGGGCUGGAAUCCCAGGGGCAGUGAGGGAGACGCCUACUUGAGGCCAGGUGGGGUGCGGGGCCGGGCAGCGCCACCCCUUGUGUGCUGUGUUUCAGUGGGGACACCGUACUACAUGUCACCCGAGCGCAUCCACGAGAACGGCUAUAACUUCAAGUCGGACAUCUGGUCUCUGGGCUGUUUGCUGUACGAGAUGGCCGCUCUCCAGAGCCCCUUCUACGGUGACAAAAUGAACCUCUUCUCCCUGUGCCAGAAGAUCGAGCAGUGCGACUACCCGCCCCUGCCCGGGGAGCAUUACUCCGAGAAGCUGCGGGAACUGGUCAGUAUGUGCAUCUACCCAGACCCGGACCAGAGACCCGACAUCGGCUACGUGCACCAGGUCGCCAAGCAGAUGCAUGUGUGGAAUUCGGGCACCUGAGGGCUGCUCGAGCUUUAGUGUCUUCUCCCAAGUGGCCACCCGGUAGCCUAGAUCAAGAGACCAGAGGGGUGGGGGCAUCACAGCGGAUGAGGAAUGCAGAAUGCCUGGGGGAGGGGGCCCACUCCGCUGGCCAGUUACUGGCUUGUCCUUUCUUUCAGUUGUCGGGACAGUCUCAGCAGGGGUGGCCCAGGAGCCCCGUGUCCCCACCCGCCCCCACCCUCCCAACCCUCGUUUCUGGAUUGCAAUGUGAAUCUUUUGGAGAAUCCCUUCAGUGGGCAAAGGCUUCUACUAACAGACUUGCAGGAGACCAGUUUGUGGCGAGCCUCUGCAAACGGUUAGCAGCAGUUUAGCUCUUAGAAUCUUCUCAGACCUUCAAGCUGUGCGCUUCACUUUACUCUGUUGUAUAACGAUAACAUGGAACUUAUUUUUUAAAGUACAGCGGAGAUUGUCCUACUAUUUUUAUCUACAUGUGUAACUUGAUGAAGGACGAUGAGGAUCAGCUUCUGACAUAAAAGCUUCUGCGAGGGAGGCGCAGAACUGGAAAGCCGCCUUUUCCGUGUCGCUGGCUCAGCCCCCUCCCAACCCAGACACCCACCAGGCUCCCCCGUGUGGGAGCUGGCAGUUCAUCUCCCAUCAGUGUUAAGCCUUUCUUGGGAGGGAAGGCAGCGUGGGAUACAAAAAAAAUUUCAGGACUUUGCCCUCGGGUAGUUCUCGCCACAAAUUCUGGUUCAGCAACUCCUGGUGUGACCCGGGGCUAGUCUCUUAGCCUUUCCUAGUCUUAGUUUCCUCAUCUAGUAUCUACCUUCAGGGUUGCUGACAGAAUUUGAAUAAAAUACCCAAGUUAUCUCAUACGUGGUAGGUGACCCAAAAAUGGUAGCCACGCACCCCUCACAUCUGCAGUCUGUGGACCACUUUAGUCAACACAACUGUACUAUGUGUAGAGAACCAGAAAUGUGCUCAUGUAUUGCUUGUUCCCAAGUAGGAUUAACUGUGAAAGCUAACUUAUAAAUGUGAACUUCAAGGAAAACUCAAGCUCUGAAGGAAUAGUUGGAGUUUUUUUUUUUUUAUACUCAAGUUAAUCCUCCAGUGGUCUAAGCUGUCUCACUGACUUGGUGACAUUCAGCCUCAGGCUGGCUCCCGCCUGCUCCAUGGGUGUCCCCGUCAGGGGCGCUGGCAUCUGCUCUGGGGGUAAAGGACUCAGGCUGGGCCCUGCUGUUUCCACCUGUGAUCUUGGUUCUACUGUAACACUGUUGGGUUUGAGAUUUUCUUCAGAUGCAACCUUUGCUUUGUACUUGUUCUCCAUGUUUAAAUAAAGUGGGGUCAGAGGGUUA